CACCAACGUAACAAGUCAACUCCUUGGCUCAGGGUGACAAGAUGGCCAAAGGAAAAGUAAAGACCCACAGUGACAGCUCAGCUCCAGUCCAGCCUCGGUCACUCAGGUCCAGGAAGAGGGGAUGUCCAAGUGAAGAGGUUUCUGAGACUGAUUGUGUCCAGGACACUGGAGGAACUAAUACAGCUGUGGAUUCUACUCUGCUGCAGUUCCCUCCACAGGAAUCUACUUUGGUUUCAUCUCAGCAGCAUCAGGGUGCAGAAGAGCUCUGUCCUACCAAACAAGAUCAUGUCACAGAAGAAAAACCUAUGGACCAAACAGAUGUGACAGUCAGAGAUUUUGCAGAGCAAGAAGAGACAACAGCCACCAAUGCCAACAGGGACUCAGAGCUGGAGAGCUCUACUGUCCAAACUGAUAAUGAUGCUGGCAAAAGGGAAGAGGACAAGACUGAAUUAAGUGUAGAAGAAUGUAACAGAUCUCCAACUCAAAAGGGGAACAGCCAACAUUUGGUCUCUGUGCACUCAUCUGAAGACGGCAAAGAGUCGUUUUCCACUGCUUUGGAAGAGCAAGGUUGUACAAAAGAGAACUUUUACUGUGAUCUGGAGAAAAACAAAGAAGCAAGCCCAGAGGAACCCAUCACUGCAUACACAGCAGAUGUGAGUAUAAUAACUAAGGACGCAGCAGCAGGGUUACCAGCCAAGAAGAAGCGAAGAAUGGGUAUGUGUGGUCUUACAGAGAGAGAGCGGAGUCACUUUCUGAAGACACAAAAGCGUGAGAGCGGGCAAAAGGAGCCAGAGAGGGCCGAGACACAGAUUGACAAUGGCACAGCUGACCUUGUGGCUCAGAAAGAGAUUAUAUCUUCACACCUGUUAAUGUCAUCAUUCUCCAUCCCAGAGGAUAGCGUCUCAGAGCAGAAUGAGAAAGGGCUAGAGCUCCAGUUUGGAAACUAUGGAGGAGAGAAAAGGGCACAGGCUGAGGUCUGCAUCACUGGCACAUCACCUGGUCACAAACAAACAGUCGACCCAAAGUUACACCUCCCUGCUGAAGAGGCAGAGGAAGAGGAACAUAUGAGUGAUGGGAGAGAUGGAUCAGCAUUGGUUGGUCGAAGUCCCGCCAUCCCUUCUUGCUCUAAUCCAACCGGAGAUAAAGAGACAGAGGGCUUAUGUGAAUGUGAGACUACACAUCUGGAGUUGAAUGGAGAGACUUUGAGAAAAGAGGGGAAGAAGGACGAGUUGACAGCUGAUGGAACCCAGACAAGUGCUUCUUCCUCAAACAGCCAAGCAGGAGGAUUCAGUCAUGGCUCUGUGAGGCUCUGUGAGGCUGCAGUGACAUCUGCUGGCUCAGAGAAGAAUGGCAAUUGUCAUCCAGAUGAAGAACCUGGUGCAAGUCCCAUGAACACGGAGCACCCGCUGAGCUGGAAAACCUUUGACCCAUAUGGACCAGGGUGCUUGGAUUACGUGUCAGACUCUCAGCUGAACACCAUUUCACUAACUGGAGAAGAAGUGAUGGAGAGGGAGGAGGAUCCUGCUUUCCAGGCUCCAGGCUGCCAUGAAGAUGCUUCAGAUCUGAUCUGUGGGCUUAUCAGAGAACUCUCCUCUCUGAAUCGAAAGGUGAUGGUUGCUCACAGAGAGCUGGAGAAUCUGCGCCGUGGCACUAAGAGUUCAAGAAGCUCAACACAUUGAAGAUUUGUUUCAGGUCCCAACCACCUCAUCCCCAAGGCUUUGUGGGUAAUGGUUGUACUUGAACUAUUGUUAAGACACUUGUCUGAAAAUGUAAUGUUACACCUUUUCACUGAUAGCUGGCAUGUUCUUUUUUUAUUGAUGAAGUUUUUGUGGUUCCUAUAAAAUAAAGCCAGUGUUUGUAAUGAUUUAUUUGAGUUUUAAUCAGUUUUUAGUCAGUUAUUGUUUGUUGAGGUGAAUCAAGUCAACAUCAAUUCUGUUCAACUGUCAGAGGAUGGGGAAUAAUAACAAAAAAUAUUGAUAAGUUUGUCAAUUUAAACUUUUUUUAAUUUGUGAAAAGCCAGAGUAUUUGCACAUCUUUUUCUUCACAAAAUCAGACAAGCUUCAUUAACAUUAAGAAGUGUCAUAAUCACAACAUCAAAAUAAAAUGCUUUCAGAACAUGUUUUCAUACAUAAGAACAAGAACAAUAAUCACUCACAUUGUUUAAAAAGGUAAAUAUCACAUGGUCAUAAUGUGGCACAUGCUGUGAUGACUGUCUAAGGUUUGAUUGUGUUAAAUAUCCUUUAAUGCAUGGACAGAAGAUAUGGAACUGGCAGACGACCACGUGUUAAAAAUAUAUAAAACAAAGAGACGGUGACCUUUAUGAAUUUUCUCCCUCCCAAACGUAUCCGGCUGUCGGUGCAGAAAGCCCCCUACAAAUCCAAACUGCACACUGACGCUGUAAGAGAGUCCAGGCCGACAGAAACACCAGCUGGGACUAGACUCCAAUCAGCGACCUACAAGGCUC